AGGAGACUCAAAUAGGAACAGAGAUAGUGUGGGGAAUAGAGAAGUCAAAUGGAGAAUAAGAGGAAGUGAUAACUGAAUAGGGGCAGUAAGCAGAAAAGAGGAGCUACAUUGAGGAGAAUGGAGAGUUUAAAGUAGGUAUGGAGGGGAGGAGACUGAUAGGCAGGAACGGAGACCCCCUCUGGAGGCGGAAAGAGGCAGGACCACUUCCGGCCAGGGAGCGGGGUUAGGCUCAGACCUAAGGAGAGGCUUGGAGAGAGCAGACGCCUUCUCGAUUCAGGAAGACGAGGCUCAGCUGUUACUCGGCCUCCCAGAAAGAUGGAUAGGCGAAAUGACUACGGAUAUAGGUUGCCUCCAUUUCAGGGCCCUCUGCCUCCCCCUGGGAGCCUGGGGCUUCCCUUCCCUCCAGAUAUACAGACUGAGACCACAGAAGAGGACAGUGUCUUGCUGAUGCAUACCCUGUUGGCGGCAACCAAGGACCCCCUGGCCAUGGACCCACCAGUUGUCAACCGGCCUAAGAAAAGCAAGACCAAGAAGGCCCCUAUAAAGGCUAUUACUAAGGCCGCACCUGCUGCCCCUCCAGUCCCAACUGCCAGUGAGAUUGCCACCAAGCAGCCCAAAAUAACUUUGCAGGCUUUAAACCUGCCAGUCAUCACCCAGAUUAGCCAGGCUUCACCUACCACUGAGGUAGCCAAUACUCAGGCUUCUUCAGUCACUUCUCAGUCUAAGAAAGCCAACAAGAUGAAGAGAGUUACUGCCAAGUCAGCCCAAGGCUCCCAAUCCCCAGCUGGCUAUGAGGGUGUCACUACACAGCUCAAGUCACCCUUGCAGGUCCUAAACCUACCAGUCAUCUCACAGAAUAUUCACGUUCCAAUUGCCAAUGAGUCAGCCAGUUCCCAGGCCUUGAUAACCUCUAUCAAACCGAAGAAAGCUUUCAAGGCUAAGAAGGUUGCGAAUAAGGCCAUAGCUAGUGCCACCGAGGUCUCACUGGCUGCAAAUGCCACACAUACAGCUAUCACCCAAGGCCAAAUUACCAGUGAGACAGCCAGUAUCCAUACCACAGCAGCCUCCAUCCGAACCAAGAAAGCCUCCAAAGCCAAGAAGACAACUGCUAAGGUCAUAAAUACUGACACUGAGCAUGCAGAAGCUCGAAAUGUCACUGAGGCAGCUACCAGGCAGAUUGAGGCCUCAGUAGUAGCUAUCAGGUCCAAAAAGUCCAAGGGCAAGAAAGCUGCCAGUAGGGGCCCAAAUUCUCUUUCUGAGAUCUCGGAAGCCCCACUUGCCACUCAAAUGGUCACAAAUCAAGCCCUAGCAGCCACCCUGCGGGUCAAGAGAGGGUCUAGGGCUCGGAAGGCUGCCACUAAGUCUCGGGCAACUGAAAGCCAGACUCCAGUUGCUGACCAAGGGUCCCAGGCCAAGAUGGCCACUGCUCAGACCAACGUAAGUGCCCUUCAGACUCAGGUUGCUGCUGCUGUCCAGGCCCUGGCAGAUGACUGCCUGGCUCAGUUGAGUCUGGAGCCCACAACCAGGACCCGGGGCAAGAGAAACCGAAAGUCCAAGCAUCUGAAUGGGGAUGAGAGAAGUGGCAGUAAUUACAGGCGGAUCCCAUGGGGCUGGAGGCCUGCGCCACCACGAGAUGUGGCCAUUUUACAAGAAAGGGCUAAUAAGUUGGUGAAAUACCUGUUGGUUAAGGACCAGACAAAGAUCCCCAUCAAGCGCUCAGACAUGCUGAGGGAUGUCAUCCAAGAAUAUGACGAAUAUUUCCCAGAAAUCAUUGAACGAGCAAGCUACGCUCUGGAGAAGAUGUUUCGAGUCAAUCUGAAAGAAAUUGAUAAGCAAAGUAGCUUGUAUAUUCUCAUCAGCACUCAGGAAUCCUCUGCAGGCAUACUGGGAACGACCAAGGACACACCCAAGCUGGGUCUCCUCAUGGUGAUUCUGAGUGUCAUUUUUAUGAAUGGCAACAAGGCCAGUGAGGCUGUCAUCUGGGAGGUGCUGCGCAAGUUGGGGCUGCGCCCUGGGGUGAGACAUUCACUCUUUGGGGAAGUGAGGAAGCUCAUCACAGACGAGUUUGUGAAGCAGAAGUACCUGGAAUACAAGAGGGUCCCUAACAGCAGACCACCUGAAUAUGAGUUCUUCUGGGGCUUGCGCUCCUACCAUGAGACUAGCAAGAUGAAAGUCCUCAAGUUUGCAUGCAAGGUGCAGAAGAAAGACCCCAAGGACUGGGCUGUGCAGUACCGCGAGGCAGUGGAGAUGGAAGUCCAAGCUGCAGCUGUGGCUGUGGCUGAGGCUGAAGCCAGGGCUGAGGCAAGAGCCCAAAUGGGGAUUGGAGAGGAAGCUGUGGCUGGGCCCUGGAAUUGGGAUGACAUGGAUAUCGACUGCCUAACAAGGGAAGAGUUAGGCGAUGAUGCUCAGACCUGGAGCAGAUUUUCAUUUGAAAUUGAGGCGAGAACCCAAGAAAAUGCAGAUGCCAGCACCAACGUCAACUUCAGCAGAGGAGCUAGUACCAGGGCUGGCUUCAGCGAUGGUGCUAGUAUUAGCUUCAAUGGUGCACCCAGCUCCAGUGGUGGCUUCAGUGGUGGACCUGGCAUUACCUUUGGUGGUGCACCCAGCACCAGUGCCAGCUUCAGCAGUACAGCCAGCAUUAGCUUUGGUGGCACAGUGAACACUAGCUCCAGCUUCAGCAAUGCAGCCAGCAUUAGCUUUGGUGGUGCACCCAGCACCAGCACUAGUUUCAGCAGUGAAGCUAGCAUUAGCUUUGGUGGCAUGCCUUGUACCAGUGCCAGCUUUAGUGGUGGAGUCAGCUCUGGUUUUAGUGGCCCACUCAGCACCAGUGCCACUUUCAGUGGUGGAACCAACUCUGGCUUUGGAGGCAUACUCAGCACCACUGCUGGCUUUAGUGGUGUACUCAGCACCAGCACCGGCUUUGGCAGUGCACCCACAACGAGCACAGUCUUCAGUAGUGCGCUUAGCACCAGCGCUGGCUUUGGAGGCACACUCAGCACCAGUGUCUGCUUUGGUGGCUCUCCCAGCUCCAGUGGUAGCUUUGGUGGUACACUCAGUACCAGUAUCUGCUUUGAUGGCUCUCCCUGUACCAGUACUGGCUUUGGAGGCACACUCAGUACCAGUGUCUCCUUUGGUGGCUCUUCUAGCACCAGUGCCAAUUUUGGUGGUACAGUAAGCACCAGCAUCUGCUUUGAUGGCUCUCCCAGCACUGGUGCUGGCUUUGGUGGUGCUCUCAACACCACUGCCAGCUUUGGUGGUGCGCUCAACACCAGUGCUGCUGGUUUUGGUGGUGCUAUGAGCACCUGUGCUGAUUUUGGCGGUACACUCAGCACCAAUGUCUGCUUUGGUGGCUCUCCCUGCACCAGUGUCAGCUUUGGCGGUGCACUCAACACCAAUGCUGGUUUUGGUGGUGCUAUCAGCACCAGUACUGACUUUGGUGGUAUACUAAGCACCAGUGUCUGUUUUGGUGGCUCUCCCAGCACCAGUGCUGGCUUUGGUGGUGCACUCAACACCAAUGCCAGCUUUGGCUGUGCCGUCAGCACCGGUGCCGGCUUCAGUGGUGCUGUCAGCACCAGUGCCGGCUUCAGUGGUGCACCCAGCGCCAACUCUGGCUUUGGUGGUGCAUUCAGCACCAGUGCUGGCUUCAGUGGGGCACUUAGUACCGCUACUGACUUUGGUGGUACUCCCAGCAACAGCAUUGGCUUUGGUGCUGCUCCCAGCACCAGUGUCAGCUUUGGUGGUGCUCACAGCACCAGUCUCUGUUUUGGUGGAGCUCCCAGCACCAGCCUUUGCUUUGGCAGUGCAUCUAAUACUAACCUAUGCUUUGGUGGCCCUCCUAGCACCAGUGCCUGCUUUAGUGGUGCUACCAGCCCUAGUUUUGGUGAUGGACCCAGCACCAGUACCGGCUUCAGCUUUGGCAACGGGUUAAGCACCAGUGCUGGAUUUGGUGGCGGACUGAGCACCAGUGCUGGAUUUGGUGGUGGACUGAGCACCAGUGCUGGCUUUGUUGGUGGCCUAGGCACCAGCACUGGCUUUGGUGGUGGACUGAGCACCAGUGCUGGCUUCAGUGGCGGCCUUAGCACCAGUUCUGGCCUUGAUGGUGGGCUAGGUACCAGUGCUGGCUUCGGUGGAGGACCAGGCACCAGCACUGGCUUUGGUGGUGGACUGGGCACCAGCGCUGGCUUCAGUGGCGGACUAGGCACCAGUGCUGGCUUUGGUGGUGGACUGGUCACUAGUGGUGCCUUUGGUGGUGGACUGGGCACCAAUUCUAGUUUCGGCAGCACACUUGGCACCGGUGCUGGCUUUAGUGGUGGCCUCAGCACCAGCGAUGGCUUUGGCAGUAGGCCUAAUGCCAGCUUCGACAGAGGACUGAGUACCAUCAUUGGCUUUGGCAGUGGUUCCAACACCAGCACCGGCUUUACUGGCGAACCCAGCACCAGCACGGGCUUCAAUAGUGGACCCAGUUCUAUUGUUGGCUUCAGUGGUGGACCAAGCACUGGUGUUGGCUUCUGCAAUGGACCAAGCACCAGUGGCUUCAGCGGUGGACCGAGCACGGGAGCUGGCUUCGGCGGUGGACCAAACACUGGUGCUGGCUUUGGUGGUGGACCAAGCACCAGUGUUGGCUUUGGCAGUGGAGCCGCCAGCCUUGGUGCCUGUGGCUUCUCCUAUGGCUAGUGAGAUUUCAGAUUUAUUCCCCACGUUUACAGAUACCGCUAAUAAACUGCAGUAGUCCUUCCCAUGGAGCCAAAGUACAUCCUUGGAAUCUUUGUCCACACAGCAGUCUAAGCAGCUACAACCAAUCAGCUGAGGGUGUCACAUGAUGAAAAAAUCUGUUUGCUGUUCCUGCUUUAUUGUUUGCUUUCUGUGUGCUGUCAUAUUUUGGUAUCAGAGUUACAUUAAAUUUGCAACAUGAA